GAAUGCAGGGUCCGGGGAGACCGGAUAUAGUGAAUGCAGGGUCCGGGGAGACCGGAUAUAGUGAAUGCAGGGUCCGGGGAGACCAGAUAUAGUGAAUGCUGGGUCCGGGGAGACCGGAUAUAGUGAAUGCAGGGAGACCGGAUAUAGUGAAUGCAGGGUCCGGAGAGAUCAGAUAUAGUGAAUGCAGGGUCCUGGGAGAUCAGAUAUAGUGAAUGCAGGGUCCGGAGAGAUCAGAUAUAGUGAAUGCAGGGUCCGGAGAGAUCAGAUAUAGUGAAUGCAGGGUCCGGGGGACCAGAUAUAGUGAGACCAGAUAUAGUGAAUGCAGGGUCCGGGGGAGACCAGAUAUAGUGAAUGCAGGGUCCAGGGAGACCAGAUAUAGUGAAUGCAGGGUCCGGGGAGACCAGAUAUAUAGUGAAUGCAGGGUCCAGGGAGACCAGAUAUAGUGAAUGCAGGGUCCUGGGGGUUUAGUAACACUGUAAAAGUGAUCACAUGAUAUCAAGUGUGAACGUAUAACAUAUUGAAGUCAUG